AUGCAGAACAAGAAGAGAGUGUCAUCGAAAGUCUCGUACCACACAGUAAUCUGCGAGACCUAUGCAUUAGAGGACAUGGAGGUGCUAAUUGCCCAUCAUGGUUGGGCAGAAUUUCGGUGGCCCGAGAAAAAAUGUGCACUUGGGAUCCAAAUCCUUGGGUACCUCUCGGUUGAAAAUUUAGAAUCUCUUUCCCUAUGUGACGUAUCUUGGAGCACACUUCCCCCUCUAGGGAAGUUGGGGUUCGUUGAUGCUCCUGGUGAAGACUGGCAGGGUCAUGUCUCAAGCCAAAGUUUCCAUAUUUUGAAAAGACUAGAAAUAGUUAACAUACCAAAACUACAAAAAUGGGCUGGAAAUGAACCUUGUCAUUUGUUCUCUGUUCUAGAGGUGGUCAUCAUUAUAGAUUGCCCUGAACUCGUGGAAUUGCCAUUUUCACACCCUACUAGCCAUCGAGCAAAGCACGAUGAGAACAUGACUUGGUUUCCGAAACUAAUGAAGCUCAAUAUUAUACGGUGCCCCAAAUUGGCGUCAUUGCCUCCAAUCCCUUGGACUCGAGCUCCGUGCUCUGCUGAGAUAAGAAAAGCAGGAUCAGUAUUUGGGAGGCUUGUUUACUCGAAGAACUACAAAUCCGAAUUAAGUUUGGAAAUUGAGGGAAAAGAUGGUCAGCAUGGCGUGUUCUGGAACGGGUUGGCUUUCCAUAAUCUAGCUGACCUUAAAGAGCUGAAGGUGAGGAACUGCCCUCCCCUGCCACUGAUUCACCUCCAAAAGCUAAAAUCUCUGAAGUCCCUCGGGAUAACCGGCAUGAACAACUCGUUGCUGCUGUUUGAAGGUGAAAGCUAUAAUACUGAAUGCCUGCUUCCAGUUGAACGCAUAGAGAUCGAGCACUGUGGUGCUGAUGGGAAGAAACUGACACAAGUGUUAUCUCAUUUCCCGAAGCUGACCGAGUUGGAAGUGAGAAGGUGUGACAAGAUAACAGAGCUUGGCGUGGCGGUGCUUCUUCAGACGGAGAUGACGACACCAUCAUCUUCAGGUAAUGAAAUUGAAACUGAGCAUGCACAAGCUGAACAGCAUCAGACAAAAGGAGAAGAGGUAGAAGAUGCAGCAGCAGGAGGAGGAGGUCUGCUGCUCCUGCCUCGGCAACUACAGGAGUUGCGCAUCUCUGGUUGCAGAGGGCCGCGGUUACUCUCCGAUUCACUUGGCAAGGACAGCACACACGGAGGAGGGCUCCAGAGUCUUUGCUCCCUCCAAUUGUUCGGCAUACUUGAUUGCCCCAGGUUCCUCUCGUCCUAUUCGUCCUCCGCCUCAUCUUGUUUCCCCUUCCCGACCUCCCUGCAACAACUCGCGCUGUGGGGCGUGGAGGGCAUGGAGACGCUGGUUCCCCUCUCAAAUCUCCUCUCUCUCACCGAUUUAACCGUGCAUAACUGUGGGGAUCUAAGAGGCGACGGCUUAUGGCCUCUCGUCACCCAGGGGCGCCUCACACAAUUACGCAUCUCUGGAACCCCAAAAUUCUUCACUGGUUCUGAGCCCUCACGGCCACAUGACCAAGAGAUUCCUUCCUCUUCAUCCAAACUAGAAUUUCUCUUGACGGAUGACUUGACGGGAGUCCUUACCGUGCCCAUCUGCAGACUCCUCUCUUCCUCCCUCACCCAAUUAAUCUUUUGGGAUAACAAAGAGAUGGAGCGCUUCGCAGAGGAGCAAGAGGAGGCCCUUUACCUCCACGGUUCCCUCCAGAAACUUGUGUUUUCUCACUGCACGAAGCUGCAGCGCCUCCCUGCGGGGCUAACCAAACUUGCCAGCCUCAACAUAUUACGGAUCUGGUCGUGUCCAGCCAUCCAAUUGCUGCCCAAGGACGGACUGCCAACUUCUCUGCAAGAAUUAGAGAUCAGUAACUGUCCUGCCAUCAAAUCUCUGCCCAAGAACGGCCUGCCAAGUUCACUACGAAAAUUAGAGGUUCCUUAUGGCAUCAGCGAGGAGCUUAAAAGGCAGUGCCGCAAGUUAAAAGGAACCAUUCCAAUAAUCAAAGACUACGAUGACUAAUCCAAGAGGUCUUCUUGGGCUUGUAUAUUCUUCUAGCCUAGCCUUGUUUGUAGAUCCAGUUCUCUCUCUGCCCAAGAACAGAAGGUCCCAGAAUAUAGAACGCAUCCAUUACUAAACUGGCCUCUGGCAUGGAAUUCAGGAGUUGUAAAGGUUCUUCUAUCCUUGAAGAAGUUUUUGCAUACACGCACAGUUUGGACGCCAUGGCCUAGGGUGGUAUCUCCUACAUAAAUAUGGGAUCUGUCUUGGACUUGUACAUUCUUAUGGACUUGGAGAACCUUCUUCUUCUUGUCACAAAAACAGAAAAAAAAAA